AUGCCCAAACGAAAAGCCCCGACAAAGGCAAACAUAUCCGGCCUUGUUGGCUCGGAUGAUGAAGAUCUAAUGCAAAUGGACUCAACUGCAGUCCCGCCGCAGGAGUCGCGCGACGAGCCUCCCGCGAAGAAACGAAGAGGUAGACCGCGUACCUCAAAUGAUACCGCCGACGCGAAAUCAACUCAGACAAAAAAACGAGAAUCAUCGGCUACCGCUCAGGGGACUGCUGCAGCCAAGAGGCCUGGUCGACGGGGUCGUCCUCGAGGCAGCAGUCGUACCUCUGAAACCGACGAUACAAAUGCGCAGGCCCCUGUAACACAAGAGCCCAAGGACUCGUAUGAGCAAGAAAACGAGGAUCCCCAAGCAGCGCCUGCUGCAAAAGCUACUCGCGCAACAAAUUCCGCGAAAUUAGUACCGGCCGCAACUCGUCGUGGUGGACGUGCGCCGAACGCAGCAAAAACACUCGAGGCGGAAGAUGAAUUUCAAUAUACACCGACAUCUGCCCGCCAGUUCGCGAAUGAGCAUCAAGCAAAAAAUGCGCACGAAGUAGAUGAGUCUGUGUUUCCAGACGAGGCAACAGAAUCAGCCCCAUUCCCAGAGACGACCAAUCAAGUUGUGAGAAAUGUACGUGCUCGUGUCAACUCACUACGAAUUGGCCAGGAAUUGUCUCCGAACAAACGCAAGUCGGGGAUUGGAAUCGACAACGGGGACCCGGAUCUAAGGCGUAGAAUUGGUGAACUGACCAAGAAACAUGAUGCACUUGAAUCCAAGUAUCGCAAUCUCCGUGAAAUUGGAAUAGUAGAGGCCAACUCAAAUAUGGAUAAACUACGCAAACAAUGCAAUACUAUUACAGCUGCGUCUAAUGACCUAGUGGCUUCUCUCAAAGCCGAACUUGAAGCCCAGCGCUCUCUUGGACAGCAAAGCCGGGAGCUCCAACGGCAGGUGAAAGAGCAAGACAGUGAGAUGGCUCGCCUGAAAGCAGAAGCACACGAAUCACGCUCUCAACUUGCUGCAGCCCAAACUGAGAUCAAAAACCUGCAGACUAAGCUUGCCGCGGCCAGAAACACGGCUGCGACCCUUGAAAGCGGUGCAGCGAAUCGCGCAACCGCGGCCGCUAAUGCCGAAGCAGCGCAGGCAGCCCAGAUUGCCCAAUUGAAGGAAGACCUUUUCAGUGAUCUGACUGGACUGAUUGUACGAGAUGUUAAGAUGCGAGAGUCUGAUUACCUGUUUGAUUGCAUACAGACUGGUAUUAACGGCAGCCUCCACUUCAAGUUGGUGGUUCCCAAAGAGUCGGGUGCGGAAUUCCACUCUGCAGAGUUCCAGUACUUGCCGCUCCUGGACGAGAACAGAGACCGUGACUUGUUCCAUGUCUUACCUGAGUUCUUGAGGGUAGAUAUAACCUUCGCACGGCAGCAGACAUCCAAAUUCUAUACGCGGGUCAUCGAUGCGUUGACUAAACGACGGAUCAGUUCGACGUCCUAA